AUGGGCGGCCGCCUGCUCGAGGAGGAGGAGGACGCGGCGGCGCACGAUUCGACGGCGCUCAUCGUCGUGAACCAGCUCUGCGAGCGCUUCGCGUGGUACGUCUUCAGCGGCACAUAUAUUAUGUACAGUACGCGGGCCCUGGCGCAGAGCAGCGUCGUCGCCGACGCGAGCUACAGCAACUGGAACGCGCUGACGUACCUCUGCCCGCUCCUCGGCGGCCUCGUGGCGGAUGUCUGGCUCGGCCGCUACCGCACCGUCCGGGGCGCGUUCGCCGUCUACGUCGUCGGCGCGGCGGGCCUCUGCGUCGCGGCCGCGUACCCGACGCCGUGGCUCUUCUACGCGUCGGUGCUCGUCCUCGCCUUCGGCGCCGGGAGCGCCAAGCCCAACGUGUCGGCGCUGGGCGCGGACCAGGUGCCCGACGAGGCCGCGCGCGAGCGCUACUUCGGACGACUCUACGCGGCGAUGAACGCGGGCUCGACGCUCGCGUUCACGAUGGGCGUCUCCGUCGCGCAGACCUACGGCUUCCUGCCGGCCUGGGCGCUCGCGACGGCCGUGCUCGGCGCCUCCGCGGCGGCGCUCGCGGCCCGGUCCGGCGGCCUCGUCAAGAAGGAGCCCGAGGGGUCGCCGCUCGUCGUCGUCGUGCACGUGCUCGGCGACGCGCUCCGCGGCGGGUCCCUCGACGCGGCGCGGCGGAGCGCGGGCGGCCGCCGCGACGACGACGACGUCGACAUGGUGCGGUCGCUGCGGGACCUCGCGCCGUGCUUCUGCCUCCUCGUCGUCUUCUGGGGCGCGCAGGCGCAGACGACGACGACGCUCUUCAACCAGGCCUGCCAGCUGAAUUUGCACGGCUGGGUGCCCGUCGCGUCGCUGGCGGUCUUCAACUCGGGCUGCAUCGUCGCGCUCAUGCCCGUCUGCGACGACGUCGUCUUCCCCGCGCUCCGGCGGCGGGGCGUCGCGGUGACGACGACGCGGCGCAUCGUCGCGGGCAUGGGCGUGCUGGCGCUGUGCCUGGGCCUCGGCGCCCUGCUGGAGCGGCGGCGCCUCGUCCUCGCGCGCCGGGGGCUCUACGCGCCGCGGCCGUCGCCCUGCUACGCGGACGGCGGGCCCAAAGCGACGCUCCUGAGCGUCGCGUGGCAGGUGCCCGUCUUCUCGCUCUCGGGCCUGGCGGAGGUCCUCGCGGGCGUCGCCGCCAUGGAGCACUUCUACGCCGUCGCGCCGCCGCGGGCCAAGUCGCUGUGCUCCGCCAUCGAGCUCGUGUCCGUGUCCCUGGGCUUCCUGUUCGGCGGGUGUUCCGUCGUCCUGGCCAACGCGGCUUCGCCGCCCUGGGUGCCCACGGACCUCGACGGCGGGCGCCUCGACGUGUUCCUCGGCCUCUGGGCCGCGCUGCUCGUCGCGUCGACGGCCCUCUACGCCCGCGCGCACUAG